GGUCGGAAUCGCAUCAAAAAAAGUCGAGAACCCGGAUUCGCAUGGUUGAUUCCAUGAGAUAGGCUUUUUUUUGUGCGGUUUUCCGCCACCGUUGGGCCUUUUUUCCCGCAUCUCUUCAUCCCCCCCUCUCGUCUCGCGCUUGCAGCCCCCUUCUCCCAACAGAACCCCGCCCCGCCUGUUUUGCAGUGGCUCUCCACUGCAAUUCACUCAACGUGUCAUCAUGGCCACCCGAAAGGUCCGCGUCAAGAAACUCAACCCCAAACAGCCUCUCGACGUCCUUACCGAGGAUGAAAUCGAUGCGACCGAGUAUCACUCUCUGGUGCAGGAGCUUUCGAUUGCCACAGGUGUCGAACAAGGCGAGGAGAAUGAAUAUCAUCUGCAACAACUCCUCAGAACUACUGGAUCAAAAGCAGACAAUGAGAUCCCGGUUCCUCCACCGCAGGAGAGCGACAUCAACUAUGACGAGUUGUACAGUCGCCGGUAUCAGGAUCCCGUUACGUACAUUCGUUCUUCACAAACUGUCGAAGAAUGUAUCGGUUGCAUGUACGAUAUGACCGAGGAGGAUGACGAGUUUCUCAAAGUGUACAAUGCAAAGCGGCCUCCCGCUCAGCAACUCUCCGAAGAUGACUUCGAGGGCGUUAUGGAGGUUUUUGAGGAGACGGCGUCGUUCUCCACGCCGUUCGCCGCCGUCGACAAGUCGAUUGCGCCAUACAGCGAAAUGGUUCCCGGUCUCAACAACCUUGACGCCGCCAAGGUGAUGCCCCAUGCCAAGGAGCUGUAUGAGUAUUGGAAGCAGCGCAGACAGGCUCGCGGCAAUGGUCCCCUGAACCCAACGCUGAAGUUCGAGACCCAUCAAGAUAGUGACGACAUGGAUCCCUACGUUUGCUUCAGGCGCAGAGAAGUUCGCCAGACUCGCAAGACCCGAGCUCGAGAUGUGCAGAGCGCCGACAAGCUCAAGCGGCUGCGCAGAGAGCUAGAGGAUGGCCGUCAACUCAUCCUGCAGUCGUAUGAGAGGGAGCUCAACAAGCGAGAUCUGCUCCAGUACGAUAGAGCGGUGUACGAGACGCGAGAGAAUCUGAAGCAGCUCAAGGUUCGCCUGGGCAUCAAGACUAACGAGAAUGAUCUGUGGCCUCUCAAGGUCAGUAAAAGGAAGGCCCCCGAGGCGUCGUCCGCACAGAGAGCGGCGGCCGCUGGUGGUGCCGUGCGCCUCGGACAGCCACGUCCAUCGAGCCAGGCUUUUGAGAUGGAUCUAGCACCUCUAGCGGCAGAGAAGGCGCAGCAUGAUGAGGAGCUCAGGAGAGACAUCAUACUCAAGAUCCAGAACCAUCACAACUGGAACAGAAACCACGUGGAUCUUACCAAGGGUCCCUUGCCUCCAGUUCGGAGCCCAUCACACCAGUCAUCCUUUAGGACAGCACAGGCCCAGUAUCUGUUGACGCCACCGACUAGCAGCGCGUCCCACGAGGACUUGGAAGAGCCAACGCCGAUGGAUCUCGACGAACCCACACCGUCAGCAGUCUUCCAGUUCCAGGGCGCUUUAAUAGACGAAAACGAUCCUCCCAAAGUUGCGUUUCGUCGCCGUUAUGGACGCUUGAAUCGGUUGUGGAUCGACAGGCGGACCGUGGCGAAAAAGAUCUCGAAAGAUGACCAUUACCCGCUUGGCCAGGCAUCCGACCAGUGGAAGUAUGAUCAGGAUGACAGCGAAGAUGAGCAGCCCAUCUAUGAGGUCGAUCAGUUUGAUACUCGCAGUAUCAGAUUCCGGGCCACCAUACCCUUGACGUUUGCUAGUGGCAGCGGGCCGCAGCAGCAGGGUGCGGCUAGACCGGUGACAGCUACACAGUGA